AUGCCUUCUAAGGCAAGAUCAUUGUUCGAGCUCACCAGGCUCCACUUGUUCCCAGUGGGGUGCGACUUCAUGUUUUGGGCUUUCGGUUGGACAUUCUUAUCGGCAGCCUAUCGUUUGGCGUUGCCCUUCAGCGAAGUUGCUCGGACUAUUUUAUUUUAUGCAUUGCUGGGCACAUUGGUGCAUAGCUCAGCCUGUGUCAUAAACGAUAUACUUGACCGUGAUCUCGAUCGCAAAGUUGAACGUUCAAAGGAUCGACCGAUCGCAUCAGGAGCUGUCACUACGACAGAGGCUUCUGUUCUUCUGGCUGUUCUCGUUGCUGUCCUAUUCUACAUGUUUUCGACUUGUGGCCCCAAAGCUUUCACACUGGGUGUCGUUGCAUUCCCUAGUUGUAUCGCGACGUAUCCGUUGAUGAAGCGCUGGAUGAACUGGCCUUCCUUGUACCUCGGCUUUGCUGCUAGCUGGGCCGUCCCAGGCACGUGGAUUACGACGAUUGGCCAUUAUAAUUGGGGUAUAGUCCUGAACAUAGCAAUUGCGUCGUGCUGCUGGAAUUGUAUUUACGACACCAUUUACGCAUGUCAGGACAAGAAGGACGACGAGAAGGCCGGAGUCAAGUCCAUGGCAGUUCAUCUGGGCAAAGCCAUUCGUCCUGUAUUGAGUUUAUUAGAUGCGAUCUUCUUGGUCUGUCUUUUGUGGGCUGGUUACUUGAACGACCAGCACCUUCCUUUCUACGUGAUGAGUGCCAUUGCCCCGUUCCUCUUGUGUCUCUGGCACAUUUGGUCUUUUGAUCAAAAUGAUCCCCAAGACUGCUGGAAGAACUUUACGGCAGGUCGCCACGGCGGGGCAAUGGUCUGCGCUGGAUUGAUCGUCGACCACUACUUCAAAAUUGCGUCCCUCGCCGGUUAA